AUGGGCUCUGUGUCAAACCAGCAGUUUGCAGGUGGCGGCGCCAAGGCGCCGGAGGAGGCGCAGGAGGACGCGGCCCGGGCGGCCGAGGAGCCGCAGCUGCUGCGCGGAGCCGGCGCCUGUACGUGGUUCAACGUGCACAUGGGAUUCGGCUCUGCCCGUGCCGGUGUCGCACUCGAGCCCCCGGUGGAUGUCUUUGUGCACCAGAGUAAGCUGCACAUGGAGGGCUUCCGGAGCCUCAAGGAGUGUGAGGCCGUAGAGUUCACCUUUAAGAAGUCUGCCAAGGGCCUGGAAUCUAUCCGCGUCACCGGCCCUGGUGGGGUGUCCUGCAUUGGGAGUGAGAGGCGGCCCAAAGGGAAGAACAUGCAGAAACGCAGAUCAAAGGGAGACAGGUGCUACAACUGUGGAGGUCUAGACCAUCACGCCAAGGAAUGCAAACUGCCACCCCAGCCCAAGAAGUGCCACUUCUGCCAGAGCAUGAACCAUAUGGUAGCCUCGUGUCCACUGAAGGCCCAGCAAGCUCCCAGCUCACAGGGAAAGCCAGCCUACUUUCAGGAGGAGGAAGAAGAGAUCCACAGCCCUGCCAUGCUCCCAGAGGCCCAGAACUGA